GGGUCUCCGGCUAAUGGCCGAGCAUAAAGAAAAAAAAACAGACCACCGGAGACGGAGAGCAAAAACAAGACGCGCGGCGCGACGUGCCGAGUGCCGUGCCGCAGGACGCGCGUCACAUCCGGGUCCUCUCUGAAACCAGCGCAACAACGUCCCUGGUCCCCGCGGAAAUAAGUAAAAACCGGAUAAAUCAAGAUCGGCACACGCUCGCCGGCCGCCACACACGCACCCAUGGCCGCGGCGGCGCAGGGCGAAGCGAGCACGGGCACGACGGCGGCGACGUUCCGGCGCGUGUACGAGACCCUCAAGGCCGAGCUUCUCCGGGACGACUCCUUCGGCUUCGACGACGACGCCCUCCGAUGGAUCGACGCCAUGUUGGACUACAACGUGCUUGGUGGAAAGCUGAACCGCGGCUUGGCUGUUGUUGAGAGCUACAAAUUGUUGAAAGCAGGAUCCGAACCAAGCGAGGAGGAAGAGUUCCUUGCUUGCAUUCUUGGCUGGGGCAUUGAAUGGCUUCAGGCUUAUUUCCUCAUUCUUGAUGAUAUUAUGGAUAAUUCCCAAACUAGGCGAGGAAAACCAUGUUGGUAUAGGCUUCCAAAGUCCCUCCAAAGGUGCAUGUUUUUAACUGGAGUGCUGCAUGGGAUUGUACCGUGCUACUGUACUUUAUCCGAUCGUCAUAUGAACACUCCAGUUAUUUGUCCUGUGUGCCGUACUGAUCCAGAGGAUCUUCGGCAUAUGUUAUUCUUUUGUGACAGAGCAAAAUCAGUGUGGAAGGAACUGGGUUUGAGUGAAACUAUUGAAGCUGCAGCGACCGAUGAGCGUUCUGGUUCAGUCAUUUUGGAACGUCUGUUGUGUGCUGAAAUCUCUGGAGGCAACAUCCCAAUUGCUAAUGGAAUUGAGAUGAUUAUGGUGGCUGGAUGGUACUUAUGGUGGGAUCGCCGGAAAAUUUCUCACAAGGAAACCUGCGGUUCAGCAGCUCGAUCAGCCAUGAGCAUUAGAGGUGCUACUGGUGCAUUGAUACGAGACUGUACAGGGGCGUUUAUUGCUGCUUCCUGCUCGUACAAGAUACACGCCAUGGAUGCGGCCACGAUGGAAGCGCAAGCGUUAUUGGAAGGCUUGCGUCUAGCCGAUGAUAUGGGGGAUUUUCUCUGUUGCCAUCGAAUGUGAUUCUUUGAAGAUUGUUCAAGCUAUACUGGACCCAUCAGAGUACCGUGCUUCCGCAGCGGUGGUUACAGAUGACUGUCAAAAGUUGAUGAAUUCUUUUGCCAGGGCGACGAUAGAGCACUGUGCUCGGGAAAGCAAUGCUGCUGCGCAUUGUCUUGCUCGAGCGAGUUACAGGGGCAAACGUACUGGGGAGUGGCGGGAGCCCCCCCCCCCCCCCCCCGCCCCCCUGAUUUCUUAAUAUCCUCUCUCUUAACAGACAUGUUUAUUGUUUAAUAAAGGUCGCCGAAGUUCAAAAAAGAAGAUCUUUUAGAUCACUAAAGUAGUGAUCUAAAAGAUCUUAUAUUAGUUUACAGAGGGAAUACUUUAACUAAUUCAAGACUUGAGUAAAUAUAAACAGUCAUGACUCGACUCUAAUAUCACAGGAGGAAGUAGGUCACUAGCUAGAUACAGAUACCCUCAUGGUAUUGACUUCCUUAUGUAAAUAGACAGAUUAAUAUUAGUAUUUGUUUAGCAGAAGAAACUAUUACACAUCAUUAUUUGGGUUUAGUUCUUUAGUUGACUUUGAUGAUUUAUUACAGUCUGCUAGUGGCUUUUCCCCCU